GGCUUCGACCUUGACCCACACCCAUUCCCAUUCCCAUAUAAACAGCACCCCAGAUUUGAUACUUUUGUCAAUUCUCUAUAAAAGCUGUCACUGCUACAACUUAGUUGUUUUCGCUGAGUAGGUAAAGUAAAUUUGCUAGCUAGCUACACCAAGUAGCGUUCAAACUUCUGGAAGGGUGGCUUCCGCGUUCUCGAUCUUUGGGCUGCUGCGUGACAACUUGUUUGGACAUUUAUUGUUCACAAAGAAGAGGCCUAACUUUACAGUGGAAGAUAUGGCAGACUGGAAGGUACCAGUGAGCUACAACCCAUCCUACCACGCUUUUGCCUAUGGUCUCAUGUACCAAGCAGGGGCUGAGCAAAAUCAUCCCAACUUCUCCAGCUGGGCAGAGGCCACAUACAACUCUGGGGUCAGCGGCAGCUACUACUCACAAGCGCAGCAUCAUCAAUCACCACCCUGGAGUCCUGAACAAAACAAUGCUGGCACGAGCAAUGGCCACUACCCGGGUUCUAUGGUAUAUCUUGGUGACCCUCACAGCCAUACCCAGAGUGGCCGCCUUUUCAUUUCCCACAACCGGGCUCAGCAUGAUCCGCGGACGAAGGAGACCGAGCGGCCAAGUAGCGACACUCAGAGCGACUCGGAGACUCAUACCUCACCAGAUUCGUUGAGUUCAGGGAACGGCAGAGAGGAGUACAAUCCUCAAGCCAACCCAGCCACCUGGGUGAGAAAGGAGUUGGAUGAGGAGACAGACAGUGGAAGCCCAAAUAGCAGUGAGCAUGUCUCCAGUUCUCAUCCAGAGGAGCUUACAAGUCUACAAGUUAUGGGGAGUGAGGACUGCACCCUGCAGUCAUUGCCCCCAUCUCCUCCAGAGAAAGCGGACAAGAAUACCCCCAAACAAAAAGCUCGGACUGCUUUCUCAACAGGCCAAAUGGAUGCCCUUACCCAUAGGUUUAACAUGCAGAAGUACCUCACCCCUGCUGAGAUGAAGACCCUGGCUGGACUGACUGGGCUAACUUACAAACAGGUAAAAACGUGGUUCCAGAAUCGCAGGAUGAAACUGAAGAGGCACCAGAAAGACGACAGCUGGGUAUUACCUGGCUACCCCAACCCUGGAUACCCCAACAUGCCACAGCGCCCUCAGUUUCAGGGUGAACCUCAAGCACAGAUCCAGGACCACACCAAUGCUCAACAGUUUCGAGAAGCCAUGUUAAGGAAGAGCCCUCAACAGAACCUGCCUUACUAUGCUGGUGGGUACCCUCGGCCAUCCUCUUCUCCCCCCCAGCCCCCUGCAAGGCCCCCGGGCAACUGGCCCCUGCCCCCAGCUGUGACUCACUAUGAGUACCCCAAUGGCUACAGCACCGCGAGGGGCUACAGCACGGGCAGUGUAAACCACAACACUAGCAUCAACAGUGAUGACGGGAACGCCAUCAGCCCCAUGCGCAUGACCAUGAUGCAUAACUCUAGCCAGUAACCAACAGGGGUAUCAUGUUAGCGGUCUUGGCGGUAAAUUGACUGUUUUGUCAACUUGUGAAAUUUAUUUUUGUUUUGAAAGAUUAUUACAAUUAUUGUUGAUAUUCACACAGGCAAUUCUCUAUUUUGUGACUAGGUGUUGGCUAAUCUUAUCAAUCCAUUUUAACCAUUCGCUGGUCCCGUUUGAAAACUGUUGCCCUUGUUCAUAUUCUUUAAAAAAAAAAAAAUUUUAGGCUGACAUUUUAUACCUUCCAAAGUUCUUAUCCGAGUAUUUAAAAUUGAUGUGUUUGCUCCGUCUGCUUUUUGACACUCCAAACUCCGACAAAGCUUUGCUGUGUCUAUGCUGGAAGUGGCACGCUUUUAUUCAUUCACUAGGCUAUUUGAUGAACUGAUCUGUGCAAGGCACUGCUAGACAUGUUCCUGUACUGAAUGUUUGUCGGUCCAUGCUGCACCAGAUUUGUAUCAUAUUGGGUGCUCUUAACAUUACUGCCGUGUUUUUAUGACCUCUAUUUGUUGUACAGUGUUUGGUGAUUCUUCUUGGCUAAUUUCAAGUACCCCCCCCCCAAUGUUUUUCCUACUUUGCGCCCACAGAACACUGACCAUGUGUUCAAGUUCUGCCUAGUUUUUUAUUUUUUUAUUUGUAUAAUUCACCCUAUUGGUGCAUAGUCUACCUGUAAUAAAACAAUGUGGGAUUUACUUGUCUUGGAUGAUAUACUCCUGACAGUUUGGGCAAAUUGUUGAUUUGUAGAUUUAACUUCAUUACACAGGUUUUUUUCUCUCCUUUUGAAGGCAUAAUUGUUUGACAAACCCAGCAACCUACCUGGUGUAAAUAUGUACAUAAUUCCACACUGAAUGCUUUGACCAGGGUUUUUGGUAAUAAAUGUAAUCUGUUACUGA